AUGGCUCGUUUAAAGCUGAAGAAGCUGGAGGAGUACCUGCAGGGUGUCGACGGUUUUGAGCAGCCUAAGAUCCUUUUGGAGCAGUAUCCAACGCCCCCACACAUCGCUGCCUGUAUGAUACAUCAUAUGCAAUCUCAGCAUGAGGACAUAGAGGGGAAAUUGGUGGGAGACCUGGGUUGCGGUUGCGGAAUGCUUAGCAUUGCGGCUACUUUCUUGGGGGCCCAGCUCACAGUGGGUUUUGAAUUGGAUGGCGAUGCAGUUGAUACGUUUAGGGGUAAUGUACAGGACAUGGAGUUACCGAAUGUGGAUUGCGUACGGACGGAUGUCCUGCAGUUGGCUGGCAGCAAGUGGGAAAAGACUUUCGACACUGUGGUCAUGAACCCUCCAUUUGGAACUAAACACAAUGCCGGUAUGGAUAUGCGGUUUCUGGAAGUAGCUCUAAAGUUGGCAACCGGCGCCGUCUACUCCCUGCACAAGACCUCUACACGUGCCUACAUUCAAAAAAAGGCCCAAGAGUUGGGUGCCCGAGCAACGGUGGUCGCUGAACUUCGCUAUAACAUCGAUGCUAGCUACAAAUUCCACAAGCAAAAGUCCAAAGAUAUCGAAGUGGAUUUUUGGCGAUUCGAGAUCUGUAAGAAUUGA